AUGACCACAAAAUCCUUGCCUUCCCUCUCACCGAAGGCCGACAGUCGUCUCUAUGAGACUGAUUCUUGGCUCCAGGAAGUUUAUGACGGUUGCAUCACAGUUCUGCCUGCUCAGCCAUCAACAUUGCGCAUCGACUCCAGUCACUCGAGGCUGGGCAAUAUCGAUCAGCUACCCCCGGAGCUUCAACUCCUCAUCAUCGAGCAGCUCGACUUCCGGAGUCUCUCCCGCCUGAUGCGCACUUCAAGAAAGGGGAAGACUAUAGUAGAGGGCUUAGCUGCAUUUAUCGACAUGAUCGAACACGCCCCCGAAGUCUUGACAGCUCUCGGAAAGACCAACAUCAUCAGUCACCAUUCCGCAGCGUCUCUUCGACAAGUGCUUCGGUCGCAGAAGUGUGCCUCUUGUUUCGAUUUCGGGCCACUACUAUUCCUACCAACCUGCGAGCGCAUUUGCCCCACGUGUGUCUUAUACAAUGACGCAUUUUGGAUGACGACACCGAGUCUCGCGAAAGAGUGCUUCUCCUUGAGCGACGACCAGCUCGGCACCAUCCCCAUCAUGCGAGUGAUUCCGGGAGCGUACGGAUUUUGGGAAUAUCACUGUAACUUGGGGCCGAUCAACCGCCUUGUAAGUGCGAAACAAGUGAAGCAACUCGGGCUUGAGAUUCAUGGAUCAGAGGAGGCGUUGGCAUUGUUGAAGCCUGCACCCCCUCCUUUCGUCGACAUAUCUUAUAUAUUCACAGGAGAUCCUGUGACGUCGACAGAGGAAGCCGAAGCCGACUCCUACUUCGAAAGAUGUAGUCGCCACGACUUCAUUCAGAGAAUCCAUUCCAUGAAGUUGGAGCCCCCCGGUCGGCGUCUGAGCUCUGCGGGGGCAGACUACGACUCAGGAGACUAUUUCCUAGGCACUGCAGUCUGCAAGUUCCCAUCUCUCUCAAACUCUGGCCCAGAUUUCGGCUACGCUUGCGGCAGCUGCUGGACAUUCUCCGAAGAGUUUUGGAAGCUUCCUAACUGGAGGCAACUGAUUCCAGACAGUCUCAAAGAAUUCAGUAAGAAUGAGGUCUGGCACCAUUACCAAAAUGCCUCCAACGUGGUACACUCUGAAGCUGAGUAUUCAGAGCAUCUUGAGAAGUGCCCCGGUGUGCCUUUCCAGCUUGCCCAAUUGGAAAAAGCAGACGAGAAACUCAGGAGUGAGAACAUCACAGCAAACGACAAUUACCGAGAUAGCGAGGACGGAGACGACGAGUCGACUGCGAGCGGUGGUUCGGAAUCCCAAGAGUCCACGAGCAAUGACGUUUCGGAAGAGGAAGAUUAA